AUGCCGACGCACAACGGCCUCUUGCCCCGCGAGGGCUUCAAGGCAGACACGGUGAUACGCAUCCUUGGCAAGACAGCCUUCAACCCCGCCUUCACGCUGCCUCUCCUCCUGCUCGCGAGGUUCACCAAGAAGGGCGAGAACUAUUCUAUUCUUCACCAGAAAGCCUUCUCGCGUGUCAAGCUGCUCUUCUACCUGGGCCUCGUCCGCUGGCUAAGCACCUGGUACUCCAAGGGGGUCGUCAACAACUGGCAGGACGACCAGUACGACUGGCGGGGGAGGGAGAUUGUGCUCAUCACCGGCGGGUCUGGGGGCAUCGGGGGGCACGUGGUCAGGUUGCUGAGCGAGAAGGGGGUGAAGGUUGUAGUGCUGGACAUCCAGCCAUUGACCUUUGAAGCGUCAUCCAACGUCCACUACUUCAAGUGCGACAUCACGUCCCCAAAGGAGAUCGCCGCCGUGGCCAAGGACAUCCGCUCCAAGGUCGGCUAUCCCACCGUCCUCAUAAACAACGCCGGCGUGUGCAGAGGCAAGAGCAUCCUCGACUCCUCCGAGAAGGACGUCCGCUUCACCUUUGACGUCAACUCGCUGGCGCACUACUGGAUCAUCAAGGAAUUCCUCCCGAGCCUGGUCGAGAACAACCACGGCAUGGUGGUGACCGUGGCCUCGAUCGCAGCAUGGAUCACAGUCCCAAACAUGGUCGACUACGCCGCCUCGAAGCACGCCGCCCUCGCGUUCCACGAGGGGCUCGCGGCCGAGCUCACCACCCGCUACAGGGCGCGCAAGGUGCGCACCGUCGUCGUCAACCAGGGGUACACGCGCACCCCGCUCUUCGAGGGCUACAGCAACGGCGCGCCCUUCCUGAUGCCGGCCCUCGAGCCCGAGACCGUCGCUGAGGCCAUCGUCAGGCAGGCCCUGAGCGGCAAGAGCGGCCAGAUCGUCCGCCCGUCGUUUGCAAACUCGUUCAUCCCCCUCGCGUCCAUGCCGCAUUGGUACCAGUACGGACUGCGCGCGGAGGGGCACAAGAUCAUGAAGAAGUGGGAGGGCCGGCAGGUGGUCUCGGACUUGGAUAAGUUCUAUGGCGAAAAGGACAAGAAUGGCGAGGUGGAGGGUAGCACCGUCCUGGUUCCCCAGGAGUCGAGAUGA